GCGCACUUAACCGCGCCCGCCAAGCCCCUCCUGCCGCAGGUUUCCAAUUGAUCCUGUUUUCGGAAACUCAGGAGCGAGCCGAGGCCGGGAGGUCCUUAGGUUGGUGUGUGUCUGCGCUGCAAGCGCUCUCUAGAGCUGGCCUGGGACGAGCAGAGCUUCCAGGGCUGCACUACUUAGUUGUAGCAUGGGGGAUCUAGUUCCUUGACAAGGAUUUAACCCAUACCCCUGCGUUGGGAGCACAGAGGCUUAAUCACUAGACCACCAAGGAAGUCGUUAAUGAUACUUUCGCCAUAUGAAGUUGAACAUGGCAGAAGAGGAGGACUAUAUGUCUGAUUCCUUCAUUAAUGUCCAAGACGAUAUCAGACCAGGCUUGCCAGUGCUGAGGCAAAUCCGGGAAGCCCGCCGAAAAGAAGAAAAGCGACAGGAAGUGAAUCUGAAAAACAGACAGAAGAGUAUAAAACAAGAAGAACAAGAGAGACGUGACACAGGGUUGAAGAAAGCACUCGGCUGUGAAAACAAAGGGUUUGCUCUGCUUCAGAAGAUGGGGUAUAAAAGUGGUCAGGCCCUCGGCAAGAGCGGAGAUGGUAUUGUUGAACCAAUUCCUCUCAAUGUCAAAACAGGGAAAAGUGGCAUUGGUCAUGAGACAUUAUUAAAACGGAAAGCAGAGGAAAAAUUGGAAAGCUACAGAAGAAAGAUUCACAUGAAAAGCCAAGCUGAAGAAAAAGCAGCAGAACAGUUUCGAAUUCGACUUAAAAAUAAGCAAGAUGAAAUGAAGCUAGAAGGAGAUCUUAGAAGAAGUCAGAGAGCCUGUCAACAAUUGGAUACUCAGAAGAAUAUUCAAGUUCCCAGGGAGGCCUGGUACUGGUUGAGGCCUGAAGAGGAAACUGAAGAAGAGACAGAGGAAGAAAAAGAACAAGAUGAAGAUGAAUAUAAGAGUGAAGAUUUAAGUGUACUGGAAAAAUUACAAAUACUGACUAGUUAUUUAAGAGAAGAACAUCUGUAUUGUAUUUGGUGUGGAACAGCCUAUGAAGAUAAAGAAGACCUGUCUUCAAAUUGUCCAGGACCAACUUCUGCAGAUCAUGACUAAGAUUAUUCUCAACAAAGUGGAAGCUUGGCAAAUGUUCUUGUUUCCUAAAGACAGAUAGUUGGGCUGUUAGAAUUCCCACAUUUUUUAUGCCAGUAAAGAAAGGGGACUUCAUAUGUUUUGUUCUUUUUGUACAUUAGAAGUACUUUGUACUUUAGAAUAUAAUUGUUUACUAACUUCAACAUAUAAUGGAAAGCCAUGGCAGAGCACAGGUAUUAUAGAAACCAGCAAUUACAGUUCAUGACUCUGUCCUGACGUGUAUGGGGUUUAAGGACACCAGCUCUCUUAUUCCCUUCUUCACUUUGGAACAAAUUGAGAAAUAAGACAUGAGAGUUUGAGAUCAAAAUAUCAGUUUUAUUACUAACGGAAUGAAGAGCUACUUGACUUGUUCUCCAGCCACACUCCCUGUGAGAUCUCCCUGCUUAGAGAGGGCUGCAGACCUUGCCUCAGAGGAAGGAUAGAGCCCAUGUCAGCUGUCAAGGCGAGAGAGCCAACCCUCGGGGCAGAGGAGAGGCACGCAUCCUCAGUUCAUUUUCCCAAAACCACUCAUCAGGAGAGAUUCAGCUCUGUUCAGAAAGGACAAAUACAGGCUCGCAGAACUGCUUCCCACAAUUCUGUCUUCCAAGGAGCAAGAAGAGGUUCCCUUCCCUGCAUGCAAGCGUGAGGAGGAGGUGAAAAGUAUUCCCCUCAAUGAGAGUAAUGUCAGAGGCAAGGUUCCAGUAGUAGUACUUAAAUCUAAUGAGUUUUAGAGACAAAGUAAUUAUAUUCCACAAAAUCAUGAGUUUUCAUGGCAGUGUGUGUAUCCAUUGCAAGUUUUGGCUAAAGAAACAAUAGUUGGGAGUAACCUGAAACAUCAGGUGAUCCAAAUUCCUUAUCGUUUGACAUCAUUCCCAGCAGGUGGUAAUCCUACUUCUACCUUGAUUUGUCCAACCGCAGAGAGCUCACUGCCUUAAAAGAGCUGGGUAGCACUAAGUCAUUUUUAAAGUUAUUUUUCUGUCUUAAGCUGAAUUCUGCUUCCCUAUAACUUAACCAAAUACAGCUAGAGACACACCAUGUGGCACAUUCCUAGAGCGCUCCAUGUAAGUUUGGGCAUUAAAAUCAUGAACCUUUUUUAAAGUUCCCAAGCUCAGGUACUACCCUUAGUGACUUGAUUCAGCUAAUCUAGGAUAGUUUCUAGAUAUCUAUUUAUUUUAAAGUUCUGAGUCUGGGUGCUCUAGGUUAAAACAGAGCACAACUAUUCUUUGGAUCAAGUUGUGACCUUACCUGUACAGUUUUAUAGCUCACCUUUCUGAAGCACUGAGCGAGAUCAGCCUCUUAUAAACAGCAUACUUGAGAACAUAGCAGAAGCUAACCUACACUUACCCAAGUUAUCAAUAGUAUGAGUUGUAUUAACCUCUGACCUAAUAUGACCUAAUUCACUUGUCCUCAAGUUUAACUUGGAGAGCUUUAAAAAAAUGAUAAUACAAAGAUUAUCAUACUUCCAGAGAAUCUAUAUAAUCGAUCACUCUGGCCUGAGCACCACUCUCUUUGAUACCAACACGCAGUAGAGUUUGAAAACCUAGUCAAUGUCUGGGCCUCAGUUCUUCAUGUAGAAACUGAAUUAUUAUUUUUAUGAGUAUAAAUACAUAUGUAAAAUAUUGGACAUAUAGUUGGACAAUACUGUUUUGAUAUUUACCUUUUUCAUAGUAACAUUGUAUUGACAGAUAAAACAUGAGUACAUCUUCUUGCAGUUACAAUCACAUGCUUGCCUGUCAUUUUAGCCAUCAUACUGACAUUCAUUCUGUCAGACCCAAAGCCAUGUGGAUUCUUUCAGACAGAAUGGAGUUAGGAACUGGCUUCUUCUUCUUGUACUAUGGGAAUACCUGCCCAGUGGCCCAGAGUAUUUUAAAUAUGUUCAUGAAUAUAUUCAUUAGCAUACGAAUAGGAAUAACCUUGACGGAACCCAUGAGUCCACCAGAGUGGUGGUCUGCAUUUCCAGGCCAGAGGCCAGCACUCAGCCUGCCUUGGAGAGUGGGAGACAUCCCUCUGUUCUUACCACCACCAAUGAAAACUACAGAUUUUCAGUAUGAGUAAAAGCUUACUUUUAUUCAUAAACACCUUUUACAAGUUCAUAACCAGACGAUAAUGAAAACCAAAGGGUGCAAAAUACUGAAAAGAAUUUUUAAACUUGCUUUAGAACAUAUGUGACAUUUGAAACAUAAAUUUUAACAGGUCAGGUUGUCAUUUACUUUUGACCAUAUUAUGUUAAUACUAUGUUUAUUUUCAAAGUCCUGUCUAGAAUUUCUAAAAUGUUUGAUUUUCCUCAUUAUAAACUCAAAAUACCAGAGCUUCUAAAAUUCAAAAUAAAGAGAUUUUAAUAUACCAAAGGUUUACCUACCUACCUUCAAGUGUUAUUUACCAACAUUUAAUUGUUGAAAUUUUACAAUGAACAUUAUUUCAUAUCAGACACAUUUUAUAGGAUCAGGCAUUUAAAAUUCUUGGCACUUUUAUUCCCUACUAAUUAAAAAGCACUUAGAGAGUUCCUGCUUUAUGCAGAGUAAUACACUUGCUCCCUUAAGGUAAAUCAACUGUCCCUGCUUUCCAGAAAUUUACAAGGAGGGGGACACCCACACAGGAAUAACUUGAGUGCCAAGGCAAACUGAUAAGUACCAUAUUGAAGUACUAAGCACUAGCAGUACUAGGGAGAAGCUUCAUUCUGUAUGGGAGCUGGGAAAACACUAUGGUAGCAACACUGAAUUUGGGCUCUGACCAUCAUUUUCAUAUCCAAAGUCACUAGGAAGGAGUUACGGUAAGACCCAUGUUUCUACUCCUAGGUAUAUGCCCAGGAGAAAUGGAAACAUGUUCACAUAAAACUUGCACAC